AUGGUCACUAUUGUAUUUGAUCACCCAGCAGAUGACUUCCCAGACUUGAAGAUCGCUGGAGAAUUCACAAAGUGGGAAGGUGUGCCCAUGGAAAUUAAUGACGAUUCCGGAAAGUGGGAGUAUACAUUUGACAAAUCAUCGACAACUAAAUACGAAGAUAAGGUACAUUUUAAAUUUAUAGAUCACAAUGGCAACUGGUUUGCCGAUGACGAGUAUCCAAAGGAGAUUGACGAACACAGUAACGAAAAUAAUGUUACCACAUUGAAAAACAAAGAGAACGACACAAAUGAAGAAAGAGAAAACGAGGAGGAGGAUAAAGAUGCAGAAGAAAAAGAAAACGAAGAGGAUGAUAAAGAUGCAAAAGAAGAAGAAAACAAUGAGCAGAUUUUGUAUGACGAAGGCCCCGAGACGCCAAAUCCCUCUUUGAGAGAUGUUAAAACAACUGCUUCUUCUAAUUCAAGAAAUCCUCGAAGUGAACCUGUUCUUGCAGAAGAGGUUGUUACAAAAGAAGGAAAACAUGACGAUAGUGCACUUGAUAAUGCCCCACUAAACUCAAAAAUAGAAGUCAAUGAUCAACCUCCAACCCAGGUUCAACGGGUAGAAAUUCACAAACGUAAUGAAGAGCUGGACAAUUCUUUUGAAGGUAAUGAUAACACAAGAGUUAAUGAGGAUACAGACGUGACUGAUUCGCAAGGAUCGGAACAUGAGAUUGUCGAUUCAGACACUGAAAAUACAGACAUGUCCGAACAAGAAGAGAUACAAAAAAGAGAUAAACCAGGUGAUCAACCGGCGAAGUCAGUGGUCAGGGAAGGUGAUACACGUCCUCAAGACUAUGAAAGUAUCUUGGAAAAGUUGCUAGGAGCAUUAGGGCGUUUCUUUGGGUCAUGGUUCUCUUGGCUGACAACGGAUACGUCAAGUACGGAGACAGCUUAA